CAUACACACACUCUCACAUCAUACAUGGCUUCCGACCACCCCAACUCCACCACUUUUGUCCAAGCCGACCCAUCAAACUUUCGAGCAGUCGUUCAACGUCUCACCGGUGCCACACCCACCACCCCACCAACCCGUACAUCCGGGUUCAAACUUCAUGAACGUAGACAAACCACCGCCCGAAAGCUAGAGAUCACACUCAACAACCGGUUUCAUUACAAUCAGUUUGGCAUGAUGUCACCUUCUUCCGCUAGACAGGCAAUGAUGACGUCAUCAUCCCCUGUUUCUACAUUGGAUCAUGUGUACGGAAGAGGAAACAGUAGUCCAAAGACUCCUGUGGAAGGUGAAGAAGAAAGAGCCAUUGCCGAAAAAGGGUUUUAUUUGCACCCGAGUCCGGUUAAUACUCCUCGUCGAUACGAGCCCGAGUUGUUGGUUCUGUUUCCUCUUCAUUCGCCGAAAAAUGACCCGUCUUCUUCUUGACCCGGUUCGAUUUGAUUAGGCUUUGUAAUGUACUAGUCUAAUUAAGUUGGUUAAUUAUUACUACUGAGUUUUAUAAGUAGGGUUAUUAGUCAUUUAUUAGUGUGUUAAUUAAUUUCAUGAUUAACUUU